AUGAGGCCUGGGAAAUCAUCACAUCCAAAGGAUUUACUUGGAGUAAAAGAUCACUGACUUCUACAAUGGAAAAGUCAUGGAUGCUUUGGAACUUUGUUAAAAGAUGGCUGCUAGCUUUGGCUUCCUGGUCUUGGAGUCUCUGCCGUAUUUGUCUUUUACCCUUGAUAGUAACUUUUCACUUGUAUGGAGGCAUUAUACUACUUGUAUUAAUAUUUGUAUCAAUAGCAGGUAUACUAUAUAAAUUCCAGGAUGUGCUGCUUUACUUUCCUGAACAGCCCUCUUCAUCACGCCUUUAUGUUCCUAUGCCUACUGGUAUACCACAUGAAAAUAUCUUCAUCAAGACCAAAGAUGGAGUUCUUCUCAAUCUUAUUCUGCUGAGAUAUACAGGGGACAAUGCAGCAUACUCUCCAACCAUCAUUUACUUUCACGGGAAUGCAGGCAACAUAGGCCACAGGUUGCCAAAUGCUUUGUUAAUGUUGGUAAACCUGAAAGUAAACUUAAUUCUUGUUGAUUAUAGAGGGUAUGGAAAAAGUGAAGGAGAAGCAAGUGAAGAAGGUUUGUACUUAGAUUCUGAGGCUGUGUUAGACUAUGUGAUGACUCGGUCUGAUCUUGACAAAACGAAAAUUUUUCUUUUUGGCCGUUCCUUGGGGGGAGCAGUAGCUAUUCACUUAGCUUCUGAAAAUUCCCAUAGGAUUUCUGCCAUUGUGGUGGAGAACACCUUUCUUAGCAUCCCAUACAUGGCCAGCACUUUGUUUUCUUUCUUUCCAAUGAGGUAUCUUCCUUUAUGGUGCUACAAAAAUAAAUUUCUGUCCUACAGAAAAAUCUCUCAGUGCAGAAUGCCUUCCCUCUUCAUCUCUGGGUUGUCUGACCAGUUAAUUCCACCAGUUAUGAUGAAGCAACUUUAUGAAUUAUCCCCAGCUCGGACUAAGAGAUUGGCGAUAUUUCCUGAUGGAACUCAUAAUGACACUUGGCAGUGCCAGGGUUAUUUCACUGCACUUGAACAGUUCAUCAAAGAAGUAAUAAAGAGCCACUCCCCUGAAGAAAUGGCGAAAACAUCAUCUAAUGUAACAAUAAUAUAAUUGAUAUUCUUCCUUGGGGUGGGAGGACUACCUGCACUGUACCUUGAUUUGUGAAAAGUGGUAAAAGAAUGUCCAUUUUUAAAUGUAUGUCAUGUCUGUACUUGCCUAAAGAGUGAAAUUAAACUUUGAAAGGUCUGAUGCUUUAUUGAGAUGUUCCAGAUAAUUUUUACAUUUGCAGCAUUGUAAAUGAACCAUUUUAUGUCUUUCUCAUACUUCUUUGGUAUCUCUGUCCAUAUAUUCCCUUUGUUUGAUAUGUACAACAGAUGCUAUUAAAGGAACUUGCUACAAAAGUAGUACAGAAUGUAUUAGUCUAGAACAACAGAAGGCUCUUCAGUAUUCACUGCUGUAUGUGUGAGCUUUUUGGACAGUCAGG